AUGGUUUACGGCAACAGAACCGCCUACUACAGAGGCCUCGAGACACACGAAAACCAUGCCCGCAGGUUCGGGUAUCCCAUGACUGUGUUGCGCAAGCCUAUUCUUGGAGGCUUCUGGAGUAAACCCGCUAUUCUUCUAUCGACCAUCAUAGAAGAAUUGGAAAAACCAGAUGAUGAACUUCUCAUGAACCCUAAUAUGCCCCUCGAGGUCUUCCUCCCACCACCUCAGUUUCCCGAUACCCACCUCCUCAUCGCGAAAGACUGGAAUGGAAUGAACAAUGGUGUCUUCUUCAUUCGCGUCUGCCAGUGGUCAGCGGAAUUCCUUUCCGCUACCCUGGCCUACCCCUCCGUGCAUCCGGAAACUGGCCUCUUUUGGGCAGACCAAUCCGCCAUGGACAAACUCAACAACGAACUUGAGCACUUCACUCGUUCCAUUGUCUUUACCCCCUUGCGAUGGUUCAACGCCUACAUGCGCAGCCCUAAUGCUAUAGAUAUCAACCCUGAUUCGCCCGCACAUCUUCAAGUACACCCUGGUGAUCUCCUUGUUCACUUUCCAGGAACCGCUGCAGAAAGCCUGGAUACUACCAUGGGACCUUACCUCGAAUUAGCCGAAUCGCAUAACCCGGACUGGGAAUUACCUGUUGAGAAAACAAGUUAUUUCAAAGAGACUGCGGACUUCUGGUAUGCUAAGCAUGAGGAGAUGUAUGGCAAACCACUCGAGGCAUCUCCAACUGCUGAUAGUGACUCUACUUGA